AUGAAGACUUCUGCCUCUUUCCUCGUCGCCUCGUUCGCCCUCGCUGGUCUUGCCCAGGCUGGCUGGGACAAGCCCACAUCUACCCUCAGCUACAAUGCCCUCUGUGGACUCAGCUUCGUCGCGCCCUCGACCAAGCACAUCUGCUUCGCUGGCCCUGCUGACGUCUCACAAAUUUCGGCCGGCACGAGCUUCCAUGGCUUCGUCCAGCCGGGUAGCAAGACGAACUUUGUGAUCUACAAAGGCGACGGUAAGGACACAGCCUACUAUCAAAGCAAGCAGCACAUGAUCAACAUCAAUUGGACUGUCACUGGAAAGGGCAUGGAGCACUGCGUCGCUUACGACGCUCAAUCGAUCGAUGGUCAGCCGGUCGAAAACGGAAUCUGGUGCCCUAGUCACGCGAUGGUUUCGCUCCCCACGCCUAGCGGGGUCUUGACGACUUAG